UAAUGGGAAUCUAAAACUGCUGUAAAAAAACUUGGGUGGGGCAAACAGAUUUUUAGUUUGUUUUUGUCAAGGUUGAAUCCAGUGUCGGUCUGUGGUGGGAGCAAUUCAUCUCCAGCGCAGAAGACAGAGCUGCAAAUCGCUGCGACCUGUGGGUGGCGCCUGACUCCGCCGGGCUGACUUUAAAGCAGCCGAUUGUGCGAGCGUUUGGCAUUCGGAGCUGCAGGUUUAUCUCAAUUCCCUUGUCUGCUCCCUGCACUGGGCUCUCCCUGAUCAAACACAAGCUGCCCAGCACUUGCAGGAAUGUAUCAGCCUGGUCCUCUCUCUAGCCCAAGGAUUAUCUGAGGGAGCCCCUUUAUAUUUUGGGGUGUGUGGGAGAAAAGAAAGAAGUUUCGUCAGCUCUUGUUCUAUGCAGAGUUUGCUGCUUCUCAUUGGGGGUUCAUGGAGCUCAGAGUAAUCAUUCUGCUGGGGAUUAUUGUUACUUCCAACACAGGUUUUGCUGCUGUUGUGUCUCAGCCCCAGCCAACGGGGGGCAAACUGUUAAACCAGCUAUUAAGGGAAGGAGCAAGGAAAGGGAGCAGAGGGGAGAAGGAAUCGGAGACCAACCCCCUCCAGCCCACAGGGUCCGUACCUUUGUUUACAGCAUCGCCGGGACCCCAAGGAACUCCAAUUCCUGGAUAUGAGCAGAGGAGCCGCACCUCACACCUGGCAGGGGAUUCUGGGGGAGCCCACAGGAGAGAUCGGCGCUGCACCUGUUAUACAUACAAGGACAAGGAAUGCGUAUACUACUGUCACCUGGAUAUCAUAUGGAUCAACACCCCAGAGCGAGUAGUUCCUUAUGGACUUUCCAACUACAGAGGGAAGCGUUCCGCAGUAAAAAGGAGUCCCGAGCCCAGGUCACGUUGUUCAUGUGAAGACCUCAGUGACCAUCAGUGUGUCCACUUCUGCUCCACAACUGAGAACAGGAGAAGAAGGGAUCAGAGCUCAGCUGUAUGGAUACAGAAUGACUCAAUAUUAGACCAGAAGAGGUUACUUGCAGAAGCCUGAGAACCACAGACCAGUGGGUGCCUACAACACAG